ACGGAAAUUAGCCGAGCACGCUGGAAUAAUGCUUGGUUUGUCGAGAUAGCUCACAUUAUGAAAUACCCCCAAGGUCUCAAUUCCAAUCUAAUGACUCUCAUUAGGGAUUAAGACCUAAAAUCAAACCUGCUUUUUAAACGUAUUUAUUUAUUUAGCAUUCCAUGUGUUUCCGCCCUUCCACCCUUCUCCCCGUCACCUAUAUUCCUUGUCUUUUGUGUAAGGGAGGGGCAGGGCAUCGUGUCAGUUACUCGCCACACAUGUUUGCAACGUGCUCAAAAUGCAUUCGACAUUCAGUUCAGUUAACCGUGGGGAAACUUGCUCUCUCCUGCCAAAUUUAAGGAUCUUUGUUACAGUCUGGCUUCUAGAUCCGAACAGCGAAAACGGAAUUCUGAAUUUUAUCUCCAUCAACGGAUUUGAAUAGUGGAAUUCACUGGAAAGGAAGCGUGGACAAAAGCGAGUCCUUACAGUCUGAGGUGACUCAGGUGACUGUGGCAAGGAAAAACUCCCUUGAAUGGUAAAGAAAGAGAUCUUACGAGGAACCAGACUCAAGAGGGAACCCAUCCUCAUUUGGGUGAUACUGGAAGGUUUUCUGUAAUCACAUGAAGGCUGAAAUGAGACUGGCUGAUCUGGGAGACUUAUGUCUUUGAAGACGGAUGCUCUAUUGAAUUCUAAGCUCAAGCAAUUGAUCAUCAUCAUCAUCAAUAAACAGCUCUGUCAUUCACUGCAGUAGCACUGGGACUCAGAAAAGGAACAUUGCAGGAAAGAAGGAAUGUUAUUCAUGCAUCCCUUGAACUCCUGAAUGUUCAUGAUGGUAGUGAGUUUAGCAAGAAGAGACAUAAAGAUGGAAAGUGUGGUGUGGCACUCUAUCCCAGCCUGUUCCCUUUUCCUUCUGACCAUCAUCUUUUUCAAAGCUGUUUCAGUGCAAAGAGCUGAGGAAGAUGUUACACCACGGCUAAGUUUUAUAUAUGAUACACAAGACAGGCUAGCCAAGAGGUUUUCACCUGUUGGAGUGUUCAACUUUACCACUAUGCUCCUGAGCCCAGGAGAUAACACUCUAUACAUAGGUGCACGAGAAGUUCUGUUUGCACUUAAUCUCAGCGAUAUCAGCAGAUUGCAACUGCACCGCAAUAUCACGUGGAGCACAACAGAAAGAAAACGAGAAGAGUGUAGCUUUAAAGGCAAAAAUCUACACACCGACUGUUUCAAUUAUAUUAAGAUUUUACUGCGUGUAAAUGCCACUCAUCUAUAUGUGUGUGGAACGUAUGCCUUCAGCCCUGUGUGUGCUCACAUUAACACAAAGGAAUUCUCUCUGGUGCGCAGCAGUACAGGGGAUAUUGUGACCGAGGACGGUCGCAAUCACUGCCCUUAUAAUCCAGAAUAUAAGUCCACUGCCAUCAUGGCUGGUGGAGAUUUGUAUGCUGCCACCAUCAGCAAUUUUCAAGGGAAUGAGCCCAUCAUUUACAAAAGUUUUGGUCAGGGCACUACCUUAAAGACAGAAAACUCAUUGAACUGGCUUGAAGACCCAGCUUUUGUAGGCUCUGCCUUCAUCCAGGAGAGCCUCCCAAAAGGCAACGCAGUGGGUGAUGAUGAUAAAAUUUACUUUUUCUUCAGCGAAGCAGGAAAAGAGUUUAAUUUCUUCGACAACACUAUUGUUUCACGUAUUGCUCGUGUGUGUAAGGAUGAUAAGGGAGGAGAGAGAGUCCUGCAGAAAAAGUGGACCACCUUUCUAAAAGCACAGCUCCUCUGCUCAUUGCCUGAUGGCUUCCCUUUUAACGUCAUUCAAGACAUAUUUGUCUUGACACCCAGUAAGGAGGACUGGAAGAGCACUGUGUUCUAUGGAGUUUUCACAUCUCAAUGGUAUAAAACAGCAAUUGGAAGCUCAGCUGUGUGCUCCUUUACCAUGAGUCAAGUGGAGGAGGUGUUCAAUGGUCGCUAUCGGGAGGUUAAUAGGGAAACACAGCAGUGGUAUACCUAUAAUCACCCAAUCCCAGAACCCAGACCUGGAUCGUGCAUCACCAAUGCAGCUCGGGCUCAUGGCAUGUUCUCCUCACUGCACAUGCCGGAUAAGGUGCUGAACUUUGUAAAGGAUCAUUUCUUGAUGGAUAAUGUGAUUCGAAGCCAACCGUUGCUGGUUCAAAAAAAUGUGCAUUAUAUACAAAUCACUGUUCAUCAUGUCCAGGCUGUACACGGUGCCUACAAUGUGCUUUUUUUGGGUACAGAUGAUGGCAGACUUCACAAAGCCAUUAACUCCAAGGGAAAGAUGCACAUCAUUGAGGAGCUGAAGCUUUUUCUAGAACCACAGCCUGUACAGCACAUCAUUCUAGAUGCUGAAAAGGGGGUGUUGUAUGUGUCCUCUUACUCCAUACUGGUGGAGAUACCUGUUGCUAAUUGCUCCAACCACAAGAGCUGUGGGGAGUGUAUUCUCACCAGAGACCCUUACUGUGGCUGGACAAGGGGGCAGUGUUUGGAUGUCAGACAUGCAUCAUCUAAAAGUAAAAUUCUGCAGGAUAUAGAAGAUGCCAACAUAGCCAUAUGUGAUGAGGCCCUGCCCAAAUCCUACUCUGCACAACUUUCAUCCAUACGUAUCCUUCCAUGUCAAGUGAUCAGAAUCCCAGCAAACACAUUUCAAGUACUGCCAUGUAAGUUGCGCUCUAACUUAGCUGAAAAACGAUGGGAGUAUAGCAAGGGUGCUGGGCGCUUUCUCUAUCCAAGCUCUGAUGGGGGGCUGGUUGUAGUAGCCCAAACAGACAGGGAGGAAUUCUAUGAAUGUUGGUCAGUAGAAAAGGGCUUUUGGCAGCUCCUGGCCAAUUACUGUGUGAAGGCAGAGCCACAACACGAGAGCACAACACCUUCUGGUAGCUCGAACACCCCACUGAUGGCCAAGGAGGAACCAGUGAUCCUUCCAGGUGAUGCUCGCUCCUCACUGGUAGAGAACAAAAGCUACUGGAAUGAGCUUAUUGUGGUAUGUACGCUGCUGGGCUUCUCUCUCCUUGUCUUUUCAUUGUUUUUAAUCUACCGAAAUAGGGACUGCAUGAAAACCAUGUUAAAGCAGAGCGAGUGUCCCAACAUGCAGCAUAAAAAGGCACAAAUGGCAGGAAAGCACAAUGAAAGUCUACCACUGAAUGGUAACAACGUCCCUUCUUCAGUAGCAGACCACAAGGGAUACCAGACACUGCACGACAACUACUUCUGCAAUACACCAUCACAAGAGUGUUCCUCACCUGAGAACAGCAAAAGUUUCUCAGAAUCAGAACAGCACUUAAAGGACACUUGUGUAGAGAUAUCACCCACCUGCCCUCGUCCUCGAGUGCGACUUGGUUCACAGAUCAAAGAUUCUGUUAUUUGAGAAUCUACAUGCAAAUAGCAACAUCAGAGACAAUUAACAAUGACAAUUAAAGUGAUGUGGAGGGAAUUGACAGCACCACAAGACACAUAGCAAAAACUUGAAACCCAUUUCUGUUGAAUGUUUAAAAAAAAAAAUAUUUGUAUUCUUUUUACACUUCUGCUUAUGUCUUGGUGAUUUCCACAUUCUCUGUCACUGAUACACAUUUCUUGGCUCAAAAAACAAGAGAGGGGCAAAAACCCGAUAACUCUUAGAGCAGCAUUUAAAGCUAUAAGAUCGUAGAAAUAUGAUGUGCUGAUGUUAUGCCAAUGGAACAUUUGCUACCUACUUCAUCUAAAUCACCACACAUUAUGGGCGCUUUCAGGGAUUACUCUUCUGACAGCCUUGCUUAUGCCAUGUGAUGAUUAAUUUCACCAGUGCAGAGUGUCAGAAUGCUAUACAGUUCCAUAAGUUUAAAUGUUGUAUUGUAAACCAGCAUAGAUAGUGUAAAUGUGAAAAAGCUUAAAUUAAAAGCCAUCCAUGAUUAUGAUAUACAGUUGUGCACAUCAGUAAUCUGAUAAACCUGUUUUUAGCAGUAGUGAUACUUCAAUGCAAAUAAUUUUUCUUGUAGAUAUAGUAGUGCAAAAAAAAAGCUGACCCAACUGUCAUGACAGUGUUUGUUCUGAGUAAUUGACUCAUUCAAUGAAAGGGGUGUGUUCAAAAUAAUAGCAGUGUGGAGUUUAAUUAGAGAACCUUUUCACUGAAGAACUUCCACACAUUAUAUUGCCUUCUGAAUUGCUAAGUAAAAUAGGCUGUUCCAAACAUUGUUAUGAGGUAACAGAAUUUGAUUAAAAAGUUGAUUAAAGAGGGGAAGACAAUUCAUUAGAAGUGCAGCAAAUUAUAGGAUACUCAGCUAAAAUGAUUGCAAAUGCUUUAAAAUGGCAAAAAAUACAUAAAACACAUGGAAGAAAAUGAGCAACUACUGUUAAAACAGAUUAGACGAUAGUAGGUAUGGCAAAGAUUCAGGUAAUCAUCAGCUCUAGGAAGAUGAAAGUUUUUCUAAAAUAACAUGUAAGUACAGAUACAGUAACAGGAUGUUUGGCUGAAGCUAAGCUAUCAGCAAGAAACUCCCAUAAAGCACCACUGUUGAAAAAAAUGCCAUGUGCAGAUUCAGUUAAAAUUUACCAAUGAACACAUUAAUUGGCCCAAAGAUAAGUGGUGUAACUGAUCCAUGACCCCUGGAUCAGUUUGAGUUGAACAAAAUACCUGAAAAGAUCAUGUUGCCCUAAUGCAGAAGAGGAAAUGUUUCAACAAGACAAUGACCCCAAACUCACAAGUAAGCAAUCAACAUCUUGGUUCCAGACAAAAAGGAUUGAGGUAAUGGAUUGUCGAGUUCAAUCCCCAGACCUCAACCCCAUAGAAAAAAUGCUGUGACAUUAAAAUGCAAAGAAGCAAAACCCCAAAAAAAUCACAGGAGCUGUGAAAUGUAGUUCAUUCAUGCUGGGCUGAAAUACCUGUUUUUUAGAUGCCAGAGGUUGGUUACCUCCAUGCAACACAGAUGUGCAGCAGUUAUUAAAAAUGAUGGCUAUGCAGCUAAAUAUUAGUUCAGUAAUUUGUAAUAAGUGAAGUUAAAUCUUGAAAUAAAAAUCGGUUUACAACUGUGUGAAAA